CAGAAGCAUACAAUCUGAAAAUUCACAGGAAUGAGCGCGGACCUGAACCGGCAAGUCCUUGGAGUGCUAGAGAAAUGCGCUCGGCUCUCUCAACUUAAGCAGCUCCAGGCCUUCCUCACAACCCUCGGCCAUAGCCAGACCCAGUUCUUCGCCUUCAAGCUCCUCCGUUUCUGCUCCAUGGAACUCGCCGACUUCUCCUACUCUCGCCUCAUCUUCGACAGCUUUCUCACCCCCAAUGUCUACCUCUACACCGCCAUGCUCACCGCCUACUCUUCUCUCCCCGACCCAACUCCAGCCUUCCAUCUCUUCUCUCUCAUGCUUCGCCGCGGAUGCCCCAAGCCCAACGAGUUUAUCUAUCCCCAUGCCCUCAAAGCCUGCUCGGAUCAGUCUGCUUUUCAUUUUGCAAAAUCCGUUCAUGGCCAUGCGUCAAAAACGGGUUUUGAUCGGCUUGCCGUGGUGCAGACCUCUGUACUCGAUGCCUACGCGCGGUUCUCGGAUCUUGAUACUGCCCGCAAGAUAUUCGAUGAAUUGUCCGACCGAAAUGUCGUUUCUUGGACUGCUCUGAUUUCUGGUUAUGCUCGAGUGGGGAGGGUAGGAAACGCCAUUGCGCUAUUUGAGGAAAUGCCUGAGCGGGAUGUCCCUUCCUGGAAUGCCAUGAUUGCUGGUUGCACCCAGAAUGGGAUGUUCUCAGAGGCGGUGACUCUAUUUCGGAGGAUGCAGAAGGAGAAUGUCUUCCCCAAUGAUACAACCGUAACCUGCAUGCUUUCAGCUUGUGGACAUCUUGGUGUUCUCCAGCUCGGGAAAUGGAUCCAUGGCUAUGUGAUGAAGAACCAGAUCAAAAUCAGUUCUUUUAUUAUGAAUGCUCUCAUUGAUAUGUAUGGAAAAUGUGGAAGCAUGAAAGAAGCAGGAUUUGUUUUUCAAAGAUUGUUUGAGCCAAGCUUGACAUCAUGGAACUCCAUGAUCAACUGUCUUGCACUUCACGGGCAUAAUGAGCGUGCAAUUGCAAUAUUCAAAGAUAUGGAGCGCCGAGGAGCCAGACCUGAUGAGAUUACCUUUGUUGGGCUUCUGAAUGCUUGCACUCACGCAGGAUUGGUUGAUGAAGGGAUGAGUUAUUUCAACUCCAUGAGAAGUGAUCAUGGUAUUGAGCCCAAGAUUGAGCAUUUUGGAUGUGUGGUGGAUCUUCUUUGUAGAGCUGGGAGAUUUGAAGAGGCAAUGGGGGUAGUGAGGGAUAUGAAGCUUGAGCCUGAUGAGGUGAUUUGGGGUUCGUUUCUGAAUGGUUGCAAGGUUCAUGGUAAUUUCAGCUUGGCAGAGUUUUCAGUUAAAAAGCUUAUUGAGAUUGAUCCGAAGAAUGUGGGUUAUGGGGUGAUGUUAGCUAACUUAUACAGCAAAUAUGGGAAGUGGGAGGAGGUGGGAGAGGUUAGGAAGGUGUUGAAAGAUUGUGGAGGGAAGAAGUUACCCGGGUGUAGUUGGAUUGAGGUGGAUAGCUGGGUUCACCAGUUUUAUUCAGGUGAUAAGCUUCAUCCAGAAGCUGAUGAGAUUUGUGUAUUAUUAGAAGAGUUAGCUGGGCUGUUAGAAACUUCACAUGAACUAUUUUAGUGGGAUUUCAGAAUUCUGAGUUGAGUCUGGCCCUGCGAGCUAAGUUUUACCUGAUUGGUUAUCUCAGUAAAAGAUUAACUUCUUUUAAAAUAUGACUGUUAGAAGAAUUGGAAGCCAUCUUCUGCACAACAAAAAGGCAUUACCAGAAGUUUGUUUUUGUUAGAAGUGGAGCCCGGUACGACCCUCUUCCACUCCUGCGAUCGCGAAUCGCAAUCUCCCGCUCCCGCCUCCUCCAUUUUCGCGAAUCGACACCUCUAUCUGCUCCCGCACGCGUGAAGCUUCGCGUCGCUUUGCCCGUUACUCCUUUGUCGCGAAAGGUCGCGACUCCUCCCGCUCCUGCUCGAUUGCGAAACUGUUCCCGCUUCCCGUUGGCGAUAAAAGGUAUCGCACGGCUUUCCUUUUGGCUAUAUAGAGAGAGAAGUCACGGGCAGAGAAAGCAUUUGCGUUGAAGCAGGAGAAGGAAGAAGAAGAUUGGGAAGAAGAAGGUGUUCUUCUCGGUGACUUGUGGCAAAAGAGAAACAGGUUUUCUCUUAUAUAUUUUUCUUCUUCUUUGGUGUUCUUGCUCUUGGGUGAAUCUUGGUGUAAAGAGAAAGAGCAAGUGAAAGAUCCUUAAUUGUUGUUGUGAUCAAACUGGUGUAAAUUUCCUCAAUUAGAAAAAUCCUCUGCAACUCCGUGGAUGUAGGCAAUUUGCUGA